AUGGAGGCACCGUUCACGAACUCCCGUGGGCGCGCACGAGCAUAUGGCAAGCUUUUGCCUGAGUUAUUCAUGUCCAGUGUUGUGAGGCAAUGUCACCCUCUUUCAGCGGUUCUUGUCAAACUUGGCAUUGACGCGCUGCUUAAAGCAUCUCUGUCUGCCUUCGAAACUUCGGGGACUGAAAUAAUUUUGAGGCGCUUGGACACCGGCACUGAAUACAAAGACAACAUUCCUCUCCUCAUUUCAGAUCCUUCAAAAGUGUGGGUGUGUAAUGCCCGAUAUUGUCAGCAAGCAAUGAGCCUUCGAAAGGGGAUCUGCUGGGAAACCAAAGAGGUGUUCCUGUAUGAAUUGCCUGAUCGAACUGCGGUCACUUUGAUGGACACAAUCCAGGCCUGCAUGGCUCCCGACUCAAACACUAUCUCCGAUGUGUGGACAUCAUACCAGGGAAUUGAAACGACGAUUGACGUGAAUUAUACUCAUGAAACGAUGCCAUCCAUCUCGGACAAGAUGACCGCCUAUGAAUUACCAGAUAGACCAAACUUAGCGAUUCGCAAGCGAAAGGCACAGCAUACCAGUGCACACAUCUUUGCCGAUAUCAACGAAUUCCACCACAAUAUGACCGCAGUUGCCGGUCGGUUGUCAGCUGGAUUUCUUGAGUCAACAAAUGACUCUUCGGGUGGCUUUUUAGCACCGGUUGAGGACAUGUUCGUUGAUUUGUUGGCUUAUCUGCUUGUUAGGAAGCGGGUUGAGGCACAACGAGGGGUCAAAAUGAAUGCUCCGCGAUACCACCUCCCCGUGGUUCAGUUGGCACCAGAUAUCGCAACACAUUUUCUAGGUGGAAUACGCUAG